GAAAAUGGACAGCUCUUGGCUUAAUGAUGCCAAAGCUGAGUCUGGGAACCCCAACCCUCAAGGAUGGCCCGGUCCAUGGGGAAACCCACCUGCUGGGGCAGGAGGCUACCCGGGAGCUGCCUAUCCUGGGACUUACCCCGGGCAGGCACCUCCUGCUGCCUACCCGGGACAGACACCUCCUACUGCCUACCCCUGGCAGACACCUCCUGCUGCCUACCCCGGGCAGACACCUCCUACUGCCUACCCCGGGCAGACACCUCCUGCUGCCUACCCCGGGCAGACACCUCCUACUGCCUACCCCGGGCAGACACCUCCUGCCUCCUACCCUGGACAGGUACCUCCUCAAUCCUCCCUUGACCCUCCACAACCUGCUUAUCCCGGACAAAAUACCCAAGACAUCUUCCUUCCACAACCAAAUGUGCCUGCUGGAAGACUGACUAUGCCUUAUGAAAAUGUUUUCCCUGAAGGACUCAUGCCCCACAUGCUGAUAACAGUGAUGGGUAUAGUGAAUCUCAAUGCAAAGAGUUUUGUUUUAGAUUUCAAGAUAAGGAAUGAUAUCGCCUUCCACUUUAACCCACGUUUCAACGAGAAAGUCAUUGUUUGCAAUACAAACAUAAAUAAUAGAUGGGGACAAGAAGAAAGAACGGCGACUUUCCCAUUUGAAGCUGGUAAACCAUUCAAAAUACUAGUACUGGUUGAAUCCCAGCACUUCAAGGUUGCAGUCAAUGACAAUCACUUGUUGAUGUACAAUCACCGGAUGAAAAAUCUCAAGGAUAUCAAAUCAUUGGUAGCUUCUGGUGACAUCAGUCUCACUUCUAUUUCACACACCGACAUAACCUUAACGCAGCAAUCUUUUAAAAAUUAAAAAGGAAUGUAAACUUUACCCAUUUAAAAGUUUCAUGCUCAAAGUGAAAAAUUUUGCCUUUAUUCAAUAUCCUUCUUAUAAAUCAUCCACUUAAUAAAUAUUCUAAGAG